AUGUACUUGCCAGCUUCUGAUUAUUGGCUUAAUCAUGUUUUCAACCCUACAAGCACCAAAGCCGCUGAAGCUGCGUGGGAAGCUUUCUGGCCUAUUUUCGCCAGUUCACCCUCCCGUACUUUGAUUGUGGAUAUUCUUGAUUCUGGUAUAAGAGUGCCAGAGGAGGCACUAUUGGAACCUUUAACAGGUCUCAGAGGCGAGACCAUCGAGGUUCUACUGCCAUGGCCGGAGGGUUCUGCCAUGAGUGGGAACUUUGACGAGGCUGAAUUUACAGUUGCAAGACCAAAGGGGGAGGAGCGAAUGCUCGAGUUAAACUUCGAAGCAGGAGGGUACACUGGACAACGUGGCGGUAUAAGUAAGCAAUCGUCACAGAUAGUCCUCUUAGGAAAUAUUUACACAUUGCUGCGUGAAAGAUUUCCCACCUUGAAAGCCGAGGAUACGGAUCGCCUGUAUGGCUUGAUUCAGGAGAAGCGGAUUGAAAAAAGAGACAAGAAGGGAAACAAUCGUGCAGUUGAACCUCCGGAUAAGGCUCGUCUAGGUCAGUUGUCUGAUUGA